AUGGCGCUCGGUAACCUGCACUUUCCCGAGAUACCUAGUCACUUACAACGACUCAUUACGCCCCCAGUCGUCCGCAAUGCCGCCGUCGUCCUCGCCUUUUGGGCAAUGCUUCGCAAACUCAACAUGGUUCUGAGCAACCGGGCCCUGAACAAUCGCACACAAAACCCACCGUGGGAUUGGAGAACGGAGAUCGCAGUAGUCACAGGCGGAUGCAGGGGAAUAGGAGAAGACGUGGUUCGGAAGCUCGCCAAAUGCUGUAUUAAUGUCAUUGCUAUAGACCUGCACCCCCCAGAGAUGCCAUUCCCUGACAACGUCAUCUACUACAAAGCUGAUGUCACCAAGACUGAUGAGUUUCGCAAAGCAGCAGAGGAGAUUCGCCGUGAUAUCGGCCAUCCUACUGUUCUCAUCAAUAACGCAGGAGUUGGCUCUUACGGGAACAUCCUGGAGAGGCCAGAAGCAGAAGUGCGCCAGACCUUCAAUGUCAAUAUCAUUUCCCACUUUAUCACGGUAAAGGAGUUUCUACCUUCUAUGGUCGAAAAAAACCACGGGCACAUAGUCACCGUGGCCAGCAUGGCAAGCUUCGUCUCCAUUGCCAAUAUCAUUGACUACAGCUGCACAAAAGCCGCUGCCUUGGCAUUCCACGAAGGACUAGCACAAGAGCUGAGGCACCGCUACAAAGCCAUGAAUGUGCGCACCAGUAUCAUACAUCCGAAUUGGGUUCGAACACCCAUGAUAGCAGAGCUAAUCGAGUACAAACCAAACGCUGAGCGCUACCUUGAGCCCCAAGAUAUUUCCGAUGCUAUCGUCAAGCAAGUGAAAAGCGGCAAAAGUGGACAGAUUGUGAUGCCAAGUUACUACGGCUUCUUAUCAGGUAUCAGGGGCUUUCCGAGUUGGUUGCAAGAGGGGAUUAGGAAUUCGAGAGCAGGCCUGCUAGAAACGCCUAAAGAUUGGGUGGCGAGCAAGGAAGAUGCUCAUUAG